AUGAUAAAAAGGGAACGGUCCUACUACAAAUAUGUUGUCGGAGACUUUAACGCAGUCAUCCAUGAGGAAAUGCCAGCGACAGCGCGCAUUGGGCACGGAACCGGAGAAACAAACGAGAACGGCGAACGUUUGAUGGACCUCUUAGAGCAAUGCAAUCUCUUUCACGGAAACAGCUUCUUCACGAAAAAAGAGGAUCGGCGAUGGACGUGGGAGAGUCCGAAUGCCACGACUCACAGCGAAAUCGACCACGUUCUCACUAACAGGAAGUGGAGUCUGCUCGACGUCAGCGUGGUGGAUGCAUUCCGCACUGGGAGCGACCAUAGGCUGGUCAGAGCAAAAAUUCGUCUCCGAGCGAGAAUCCGAAGACGCGACUUCUUCCGACCUCCUCCCAUACGGCUGCCACAUUACGACACAAACGUCAUGGAGGCGGCCGCCGCUCACUACACGUGGCAGGAGGCGCAAGACUUGUCGCAAGACUAUACCAUGCUCAUAGAAGGACUUCGACAUUGCGCUAUGGCAUCGGCUAUCCCAACAAGGACGGAUUCGAAUGGCAGGAUGACGAUUUCUUGA